AUGGAGUCUUGUAUUUCUAUAUGCUUGCUUUCGAUUUUCUUGUUCUGCCAUAUUGUACCAUUUACUCACUCUUUUAAUUCUUCAUUCCUGCCACGCUGCCAUGAUUAUGAGAGGUCUGCUUUGUUGCAAUUCAAGGAAAGCUUUAUCCUCGAGGAUACCACUCUUGAUGGUUGUUAUCCAAGGGUUGAAUCUUGGAAACUUGUCAAAGGAGGAAGAGGUGAUUGCUGCUCAUGGGAAGGUGUAGAGUGUGAUGAGGAAACCAAUCAUGUUAUUGGCCUUGAUCUUACUGAUAGUUGUCUCUAUGGGUCUAUCAACCCCAACAGCACCCUCUUCCACCUUGUUCACCUACAUAGCCUUAAUUUAGCCUACAAUAACUUCAACUUAUCUCAAAUACCAUCCCAAGUAGGCCUCCUCUCAAGGCUUACUCAUCUCAACCUCUCCUUUUCAUUCCUUUCUGGCCAAAUCCCACAUGAAAUUUUUAAUAUGUCCAGGUUGAUUUCCCUCGAUCUAUCUCGUAGUGCCCCUGGAUUGAAGCUCCACAAGCCUAGUUUCAAAGAUCUAGUUCAACACUUAACCAAUUUGAAAGUACUUCACCUUUCAUCCAUGAUCAUUUCUUCAAAGGUACCUGAACUCUUGGCAAAAUUUUCGUCUUUGGAAUCUCUCCGUCUCAAUGGUUGUGGAUUGCAAGGUGAAUUCCCAGUUGGCAUUUUUCAGCUUCAAAACUUAAAGAUAGUUGAUCUAAGCGACAAUCCUGAUCUCAAAGGUUAUUUGCCUCCUUUCCAAUUGAAGAGUGCCCUUAAAUCUUUGAUCCUUCCUAGAACUAAUUUUGUUGGAGAGUUGCCUUUCUCUAUUGGAAGCCUUGCCUACUUGGAAGAACUCCACAUCUCUGAUUGCAAUUUCACAGGGCAGAUUCCAUACUCAUUCAGUAACCUUAGCAACCUUGUUUAUCUUGACCUCUCAAAUAAUCACUUUAGCUUUCAUAGCCCAAUUAUUUCUUCAUUCUCCUGGGUUGGCAAUCUAACCAAGAUCACUACUUUGGGACUUGCCGGUCUCAACAUGAAAGGUGAGAUCCCAUCUUGGCUGAUGAACCUUACCCAACUAUCCACCGUAUAUUUGGAAUUCAACCAAUUCACCGGUCCUAUCCCAUCUACCCUUGCCAAAUUGAGCAGACUUAAAUAUUUAUAUUUGAGCAACAACCUAUUGUCUGGUCCAAUCCCAUUCCAAAUUUACAAUAUGCACGAAUUAAUACUUUCAUCAAAUGAAUUGCAAGGCUCAAUUCCAAGCAAUGUUUCUCAACUCAAAAAUCUUGAAGUUCUUGUUCUUCAUUCAAAUAACUUGGUUGGCUCAGUUGAGCUGAGCACAUUCUUGCAGCUGAAAAAGUUGAGAACAUUGAUUUUAUCAUUUAAUAGAUUGACGUUGAUCACCAAAACUAGCACAAACGCCAGCAUUCCAAAAUUCGAAGUGUUAGGAUUAGCUUUCUGCAAUCUAACCGAGUUCCCCAGGUUCUUGCACAACCAAGAUCAGUUGAUAUUUCUAGACCUCUCUUCCAACAACAUACAGGAAAAAAUUCCUUCAUGGAUGUGCAGUAUAAGUACAAAUUCCUUGGACUAUCUGAACCUUUCUCAUAACCAUUUGACUGGUUUUGAAAAAGAUCCAGCUAUUCUUCAAUGGGCUAAAAUACGCAUUUUAGACCUUCGGUCUAAUAGGCUCCAUGGAUCUUUCCCGCUUCCACCGCCAUCCACCUCUUCCUACCUAAUUUCACACAACAAAUUGGUAGGAGUAGUUUCAGCAUUGCUGUGCAAUUUAAGUGCUCUUGAAACACUUGAUUUGUCCUUCAACAAUUUGAGUGGCAGGCUUCCCCACUGUUUGGGCAAUUUUAGUGAUUCCCUAUCAUCGUUGGAUCUAAGAAGAAACAACUUCAAUGGAAAUAUUCCUUCAACAUGGAGAACUGGAUGCAAAGUAAGAAUGAUUAGCAUCGGUUAUAAUCAAUUACAAGUCCAAGUACCAAGGUCUUUAGCCAAUUGUUCAUCCUUAGAGUUGAUUGAUUUUGGUAACAACCAUAUAAUUGAUAGCUUUCCUUCUUGGUUAGGAAAUCUUGAAAACUUGAGAAUUCUCAUUCUGCGAUCCAAUGGUUUUCAUGGUGUGAUAGACAAACCACAAACCAAAGGAUUCUCAAACCUUCGAAUCAUCGAUUUAUCUCACAAUAGUUUCACUGGAAAGUUGCCCUCGUUGUAUUUUGAAAUAUGGGAUGCCAUGAAGGUUACAAAUGCAAGCCACAUGACAUAUAUGGGAGAUAGUAUGAAGCCAGAACAGUAUCACCGCUUUACCUAUUAUGGUCAAUACGAUUACUCAAUGAUUAUGUCUAACAAAGGAUUGGAAUUGGAAUAUAGAAAGAUCCCAGAUAUUUUAACUGCCAUUGAUUUCUCCUACAACAAAUUUGAAGGAGAGAUACCAGAUAUCAUUGGGCAUCUUCAACGACUUUAUUUGCUUAACCUUUCCAACAACUUGUUGAAUGGUCAUAUACCAUCAUCUUUAGCAAAUUUGAAAGAAUUAGAAUGUUUGGACCUAUCAAGGAACAUGCUCUCAGGAAAGUUACCUCCAGAGCUAAGUAAGCUCACCUUCCUUUCUUCUUUUAAUGUUUCUUAUAAUCAGCUUGAAGGACCCAUUCCUCGAGGGAAACAAUUUGAUACAUUUGAGAGCAAUCAAUAUGAGGGAAAUAGGGGAUUAUGUGGAGUUCCUUUGGAAAAGGAAUGUGAAAAUUUUGAGGCAUCACCACAAGAGCGUUCAAAUGUUGUAGAAGAUGAUGACACAGGCUCUGUAUUUAAAUUUAAGUGGAUGAUAGUUUUGAUAGGUUAUGGGACGGGAUUCAUAUUUGGUGUGGUUGUUGGGCACAAAAUCACCAAAAAGAAACACGAUUGGUUUGUGAAGAGUUUUGGAAGGAAACAGCAACACAGAAGUCAAAGGGUGAAAAGGAGGAGAAGUAGAAGUUGA